AUGAUCUGUGAAAAUCACACCAGAGUCACUGAAUUUAUUCUUCUUGGUUUUACAAACAACCCCGAGAUGCAAGUUUCCCUCUUUAUUUUGUUCCUGGCCAUUUAUACAGUCACUUUGUUGGGCAACUUUCUUAUUGUCACAGUUACCAGUGUGGAUCCCGCACUUCAAACACCCAUGUACUUCUUUCUUCGAAAUCUAUCACUUCUUGAAGUAUGUUUCACCUUGGUUAUGGUGCAAAAAAUGCUUGUAGAUCUAGUGUCCCCAAGGAAAAUCAUCUCUUUUGUGGGCUGUGGUACCCAAAUGUACUUCUUCUUAUUUGGCAGUUCUGAAUGUUUCCUUCUCUCCAUGAUGGCUUAUGAUCGCUUUGUGGCCAUCUAUAACCCUCUCCAUUAUUCAGUCAUAAUGAACAGGUCCCUAUGCUUGUGGUUGGCCAUAGGCUCUUGGAUGUCCAGUGUUCCUGUGUCUAUGCUACAGACAGCUUGGAUGAUGGCCCUUCCUUUCUGUGGACCAAAUGCUGUGGACCACUUUUUCUGUGAUGGUCCCCCAGUGUUAAAACUAGUCACAGUGGAUACAACCAUGUAUGAAAUGCAAGCACUUGCCUCCACACUCCUGUUUAUCAUGUUUCCCUUUUCUCUCAUUUUGGUUUCCUACACCCGCAUUAUCAUAACAUUUCUGAGGAUGUCCUCUGCCACUGGCCGCCAGAAAGCAUUUUCUACUUGUUCCUCACACCUCAUUGUGGUGUCCCUCUUCUAUGGAACAGCCAGUCUGACCUACCUGUGGCCCAAAUCAAACCAGUCCCCUGAGAGCAAGAAGCUAGUGUCAUUGUCCUACACUGUCAUCACACCUAUGCUAAACCCCAUCAUCUACAGCCUGAGGAACAAUGAAGUGAAAGGGGCUGUCAAGAGGACAAUCACUCAAAAAGUCUUACAGAAGUUAGAUGUGUUUUGA